AAUUAGCAAUGCCAAAUUAUUUUUAUAAAUAUAUGAUCCGAAAAUUAAUUCGAUAAUCACUUAGUUUAAUCAUUUGUCGCUGUGAUUGACGACUAUUUCAUUAAUUCUCUACUUAAUUAACUAAUAGUAAAAAAAAAAUGGAUGAGCUAGAUAAAGACCAAAUUGCCCUUCUUCAAAAUGCAUUCAAUACAUUUGACAAAGAGAAGAAAGGAUCAGUUCCAACAGACAUGAUUGGUACAAUUUUGGAUAUGUUUGGCCAACAAGUUGAUGAUGAAACUCUGGCAGAAAUUAUUUUGGAAUUUGAUAGUGAAGGCACUGGACAAUUAGAUUUCAAACAGUUCUGUGAAUUAGCUGCUAGAUUUCUAGUUGAAGAAGAUACUGAAGCAAUGCAAGCAGAACUUCGAGAAGCUUUUCGGUUGUAUGACAGAGAAGGUAAUGGUUAUAUUACAACCGACGUUUUACGUUCCAUUUUAAAAGAAUUGGAUGAUAAAAUUACAGCAGAAGAUUUAGAUACAAUGAUUGAAGAAAUUGAUUCUGAUGGUUCAGGAACCGUAGACUUUGAAGAAUUUAUGGAAGUCAUGACUGGAGAAUAAAUCUUUUAAAAUUUUUUUUUAAAAUAAAUAAUUUCUGACAUUCA